UAUGAGAAAGUACGACAACCCUGCGAUGUAGUCCGUGGUUUAUACGACGGGGUUAGGCGCUGGAGGCUAAACCUGCUUUGGAUUUCCAGGCUGCAACAAAAAGAAAGCCCGUCUCCUUCAACUCGCCGCCUCGCUGCCCAAAUCCGCCGUUCCGCUUCCUGCUGCACCGGCUUGCCUGGGGCCCGAUUUCUUCCUCGGUUUACACCACUGCCAGCCCGCUUCACUUUUACCCUUCCGGGACAGGGGGAGGGGGGAGGAGGGAACUGAAAGCGAAAGCGGAUCCUCGCCUUUAACAGACGGCGCCCCACCCGCCUCCUUUGGCCCACGGCGGGGUUUCAAGCUGCUGCCUUCUCCCCCCCGCAGCCGUCGGGGGCAGGUUUUGCAGCGGAGUCGGACAUCUCUGCUCCCUUUCUCCUCGGGGAAGGAGAGAACGCGAUGGCGGAGGAGAGGAAGAGGACCGUCCGCGACCGCCUGGCGGACGCCCUGGAGGAGUUGAAGGAGUACGAUCUGAAGCAAUUCAAGUUCCAUCUGAACGCGCUCCCGGCCGAGGAGGGCUAUAGUAGCAUCCCCAAGGGGCGGCUGCAGAAGGCGGAUCGCUUGGACCUGUGCCGCCUGCUGCUCGGCUACUACGCCGAGGAUGGCGCUGUGGAGGUGACGCUCAAGGUGCUGGGAUGCAUCAACCGAAGAGACCUGCGGGAGAAGCUCCUGCAAGUCAAAGGCGGUGGUGCCCUCCUCGAUGGCUGCUUUGGUCUGAGGCAAUGGCAGCGGGAAAUCAGAAACAUUGGUGGAAGAGUGUUUCCUUCCUUUGAGAGAGAUGUUGCUUCACUUCGUUCUUUGAGAGAUCCUUCCUUCUCUCUCCGGCUCUUCACUUCAUUUGACAGCUGUGGGAUGGGAGACUUCAAGUUUGCAUCGACCAGAACCAAAACAGUCAGUGGCAAAAGCAUUACCAGAAGGAGGAUGGUUGAAAAUGGACAAGAAAGAGUAGAAGUUGAAGUUGACCAGUCAAAUACUUUAGCUAUAAAUGGAUCAUCUGCAACCAUCGGAGAGACAGAGGCCGUUGCCAGUUGCAAGAACUUAAAAAUCAAGGUUACUGAAGUGCUGGAUGGAGAGUUAUCUCAUUUGGUAGAGACAAAAGACAAUAUGGCAGGAAAGGUUUUGUCAGGAAAAAACACCAGGAGAAGGAGUACAGUGGCGAAGACCACCCACAGCCGUCUUUUGGGCACCCUGGAGAACUUGGCAACAUACAAUUUGAGGGAAUUCAAGUACCGUCUCAACUCGCUCCCAGUCAAGGAGGGCUACAGCAACAUCCCCAGAGGGCGCUUGGAGAAGGCAGAUCCCAUUGACCUGACCCAGCUGCUGCUUGGCUACUACGAGCAUUAUGCUGUGGAGGUGGUCCUCACAGUGCUGAAAUCCAUCAACCAAAGAGAUCUGGAGAGGAAUCUUCUCGCUAUCACAGAGAAUGAUGGCCACCUCGAUGGCUGGUGUGGUCAUGGACAAUGGCAGUGUGGAAACAGAAAUGGAGCCUCCUGUAGAUUUCCUUCCUUUGGGAGGGAUUUUCCUUCGCUUCGCCAUUUGAGACAAGGGGGUCUUAUUUCAUUCUCUCUCACGCUCUCUGCAUCGUUUGAUGCUCUUGGGGCAGGAGAUUUCAAGUGUGUAUCCACGUCAAUCGAAAUGGUUGAUGGCAGAAAACGCAUCAGAAAGAGAAUGAUUGAGAACGGACAAGAAAAUGAAGAAGUUGAAGACAUUGACGAAUUAAACCCUUUGGCUAUAACUGCAGGGUCACCUGCAAUCAUGAGAUUUCCAGAGGCAGCUGCAAAUUUCCAGAAUUUAAGAAACGAGUUCUCCCAUGUGCUAGCAGGAGAUGUAUCUGUAACUGAAGAGGAGGAUCUGGGGAGAGAGAUUUCAUCAGAAGGAGCCGCCGGAAGAUCUGCUUUGUGCACAAGUCAGAAUGGAGUGACCUUGCUAGGGGCACAUGCUCCUUCAAAAAGGACGCCUGGUCUGGAGAUGUUCCACGAGAGGAUCCCCCAGAACUGCUUGGAGAACUUGCAACACAUCGGCAGAGGGGGCUUUGGUACCGUCUUCCGAGCUCAGCACAAAGAAAAGGGGAUUGUGGCGGUGAAGAUUUUCCACCGCACCAAUGCAACCAGCGCAAAUGUGUCCUGCAUCCGACAGCAAGCCCUGUCUGAAGCCCGCUUCAUGGAUGAGGCAUCUUUCGCCCCCAUCCCUCGUCUUUAUGGUCUCUAUGAGAAGGGAAAUGAAGUGGGCCUAGUGAUGGAGUAUGUGGAGAACGGCAACUUGUCUGGCUUGCUGUCCAGUGCCUUGCCCUGGCCCUUGCGAAUCCGCAUCCUCUACCAGGUAGCCCUGGGGAUAGACUUCCUGCACUGCCUCCAUCCUCCGCGGUUCCAUCUGGAUCUCAAGCCCAGCAACAUCCUGCUGGAUGAAGCUCUGAAUGUGAAGGUGGCAGAUUUUGGCUUGUCCAAGUUUGGGACAACUCAGCGCUCCCCUCUCACCUCUGAAAGCGCAGAAGUAUCUGGCGGGACCCUCGAAUACAUGCCCCCCGAAGCCUUUGCCGAGUCCUACAAGCCAGACCCAGCCACAGAUGUCUACAGCUAUGGGAUCCUCAUGUUCUCAGUGCUAACCGGCAAGGAACCGUAUCCAUCCAACCCUCAGAGAGACAACUCCAUCUUCAGAAUGCAAAUCCAAGAGAAUCAAAGGCCAAACACCCAGGAGCUGGAGGGGAAGAUACACGAGGUGGAGAAACUGGAAAAUCUGAUCAGCCUAAUGAAAAGGUGCUGGCAGAAAGAAAAGGCCCAAAGACCAUCCUUCCAGGUCUGCAGCCAAGAGAUGGAGGAAAUCUAUUCCUGCUACAUGCCGCACAUUGAGACUGCUGUUCGUGAAGUUCAGAAUAGUUUGGCAAAAGCAAAAGUCCUCCCUUUAAGGGUCACUCAGGACCAGGCCGGACAUCAGAGUGGAAUAAAGCGCCCUUGGUCGGAAGUGGACUGUGCCAUGCCCUGUACCAUGGAGACAAAAGAGGAUUUGGAGAGAGGCGCUUCUUCAAGAACAGCUACCAAAGGCUCCAUUUGUUUGGAAUCUCUGCCUUCUGGUGAAAAGCCUGCUGAUCGUAUAAAGAAGUCUAAAGGGAAGUUAACGGAAGAUUUUGCUCUUCAAAGAAACCGAGAGGCAUUCCUGAAUAUAGCAGAAGAGAACCGUCUUCUCACGAAGGGCGAGUGUUUAUGCCUGAGUCAGAUGAAUGAUGCACAGGAGUUUGUGGAGAGCCUGGUCAACACGGUGCUGGAAAAAAAAGAAAUAAUGCAUAAGUUAUUCCUCUACUGUCUGGAAGAGCUAAGGCUAUGAGCUUGGAAAGAUCUGCCUAUUUCUGAAUAUUUAGAAAACGGUGGCUUAUGCACUGAUUGCUCUUUUUUAAAGAGCCCAUCGAAGUCAGGGAGAAAGACUCCAAAGCACACAAUUUUCUGCUGCUAUCUUUUUUACUCCGUAUGUGGAAAGCUUUCCAUUUUUUAAAGAAAACAUUACUUCUAAAGUAAUGGAUGCAUAAGAAAUGGAUACAGUGCCAACCAAACUGAACAAUUAGAUGGGAUAAAAUGCCAGUCAAAUAUAAAAUCAAGGUUGGAAUGAACCUUUCUCAGGAGACUAUUUUAUAUUUGUUUCUCUGCCGCUUUUCAUUCACCUUUUCAGUUUGCACUUUCCUAGUUUUACCACCCCAUCCCCCCCAUCCCCUAAUGUUAUGCUAUAUACAGCACUAAUAUCGCACAUGGAAUGUUACUGAUCUACAGAAAAGACUUGACGACCUGAAAAAAGAGACAAUGCAUGUACUUGUGUAAACUAAAAUAUAUUUAAUAAAAAAAUAUUUUUUAAAGAAAAGUUUGCACUUUCCUGACAGGUGCCUUGAGCAACAUCUCUUCUGGGGGACAAAGAGUGUUGGUAAAGUAUUUUAGCUUGGGCUAAGUUAAUAUUGUUAUUUGGGAGUGGGGAGUGUUGUAUUUUCCCCAAAUGUCCCUAAAAUCUGUAUAGGGAAGUUUUAAAUGUUUGAUGUCUUACUGUGUUUUAAUUUUUUAGAAGCCGCCCAGGGUUCUCCCAGGGU